ACAAAAUUCCUAUUCUGAUGAUAGGAACAAAAUUACUCGUGGAGAUAACUUUCUCAAAGCUUAUUUAGUUCUGUUCAUUAGUUCCUUAAUCUGCAAGAGAUGGGCAACAUCGCGCUAAUCCUCAUUCCACUGAUUGCAAACAAAGGCAAUGAAAGUGAAAGUGAGGGUGAGACUGAGAGUGAAAGCGAAAGCUAAAGCUAAAGCUACAGAGAGGGCUGCAGGGCAAGAGGAAGAAGAGCCGAUGGCCCGCUUUCUUCUCCAACGUCCUCCUCCUGUUCCGCCUCCAGACUCUUCCGGAUCAUUCCCGCUCUUUACGCUAUCCGUCGCCGGGCUUCUCACCGUCGCCUUCCUCCCGCUUCCUUCCGUCGCCUCCGCCGACCUCUUCAGACUCGUCUACAAGGGCUGCUCCAAUCAGACCGUCGGCGGCGGCUCCGCGGCGCUCACCGCUCUCUCCUCCAAUCUGACUUCCCAGGCAGACUCAUCCAAGUUCUACCAGGCCACUGCCUCCUCCGUCGACAGCGAGCCGUCUUUCCUCGGCCUGUUCCAGUGUCGCGGCGACCUCUCCGCCUCCGAUUGCUCCGCUUGCGUCGCCCGCAUCCUCCCCAUGUGGUCGUCUCUCUGCAGCUCCGACUCCGCCGCGGUCCGGGUUCAGCUCACUGGCUGCUACACCCUUUACCAGGUCUCGGGAUUCCCCCAGGUCCCCGGUACCGAGUUGCUGUAUAAAGAGUGCGGAUCCGGGAGCAGCGGCGACGACUUCGAGGGCAGGCGAGACACGGCCUUCGCCCAGCUCCAGAGCGGCGUCACGGGCGGAGGAGGGUUCUACGCCACCAGCUACGGAUCUGUGUAUGCGCUGGCGCAGUGCGAGGGCGACCUCUCCGCCAGUGACUGCAGCGACUGCGUGAUGCAGGCGAGCCAGAAGUCGAAGGCGGAGUGCGGCGGAGCCGCCUCCGGCCAGGUCUACCUCAACAAGUGCUACAUCAGCUACAGGUACUACGCCAAUGGCGUCGCCACCAACGGCGACGGCGGUGGCGAGAGCAGCGUUGGAGUUCAGGUCAAACAGGGAAGACAGUAGCCAUCGUCGUGGGAGCUACGGCAGGGGCGGGCUUCUUGAUCAUCUGCUUCUUGUUCGUUAGAAGUGUCAUGAAAAAGAAGGAUAACGAAUGGUAAGAAACAGAAACAUAAAGUUCUACAACACUUUUGUACUGCCACGCUCAUCUUUCGGUUUUAACGUCUUAUAUUACGGAGAGGAACAUAUGUAAAUGGUAUAAAUUUUGUUGAUAUAUGAUCUGUAUCAUAUAGUAUUGAUUUCAUUAUUUAGUCCACUCUCUUUAAUGAUAGGAAUGAGUUCAUUACAUUCAAAAAUUUCGAACACUGAUCCAAACAACGGAAACAAAUAGAGACCAAAGCAAAAGGCAUCCAAGAAGUCAUUGCUGUUCAAUAAUUAAGUUUU